AUGGCGUAGGGCUAGUCCGGAAGUGUGUCAGUAGGGGACCGGGCACGCCGGAAGGUAUGUGGUUUGCCGGCGCGGGGCUCGCCGGGAAGUGUGUCUGGUAACGGGCCUGAGCCACGCCGGGCGGUCUGUCUGGCGGGAGGUCCCGGGCGCCGCGGAGCGGGAGCAGGGAGGCGGCAGGAUGGUGAAGCUGACGGCGGAGCUGAUCGAGCAGGCGGCGCAGUACACCAACGCCGUGCGGGACCGCGAGCUGGACCUGCGGGGCUAUAAGAUCCCUGUCAUCGAGAACCUGGGUGCGACCUUAGACCAGUUCGAUGCGAUCGACUUUUCUGACAAUGAGAUCCGGAAGCUGGACGGCUUCCCGCUGCUGCGGAGACUGAAGACUCUCCUGGUGAACAACAACAGGAUCUGCCGCAUCGGCGAGGCGCUGGACCAGGCCCUGCCCUGCCUCACGGAGCUCGUCCUCACCAACAACAGCCUCGUGGAGCUGGGCGACCUGGACCCGCUGGCGUCGCUCAAGUCGCUGACCUACCUGAGUAUUCUCAGGAACCCCGUGACCAACAAGAAGCACUACCGCCUCUACGUCAUUUACAAGGUCCCCCAGGUCCGCGUGCUGGACUUCCAGAAGGUGAAGCUCAAAGAGCGUCAGGAAGCAGAGAAAAUGUUCAAGGGCAAGCGGGGUGCACAGCUUGCAAAGGAUAUUGCCAGGAGAAGCAAAACGUUCAGCCCCGGUGCUGGUCUGCCCGCUGACAAGAAGAAGGGCGGCCCGUCGCCCGGGGACGUGGAGGCCAUCAAGAACGCCAUAGCGAACGCGUCCACGCUGGCGGAGGUGGAGCGGCUGAAGGGCCUGCUGCAGUCCGGCCAGAUCCCUGGCAGGGAGCGCCGAGCAGGCCCCAGCAACGACGGGGAGGAGGAGAUAGAGGAAGAUGUCGUCGCCAACGGGUCCUGAGUGUCCGCGGGGCCGGUGUCCACGGGGCGAGGGGCCCUGCCACCGGGGACAAGUCCUGCCUUGAACGUGGAAUUACAGUGUCGAGCUUCGCUGAAGGGCUCCGACUGCUACAGUCGUUUCUAAUACACAGUCUGAGAUCUCAAUGCCUGAUUCUCACAGUAAAAAUAGAGACUCCUGCUGCCUGGACUGUGCGCGCAGUGUGUGUGUGUGAGCCUUUAAGCUGGAAACGCAGGAGGCCUCGUUUCUGAGUAGGCCUUCGUCCUCUGUAAAAUGUUUAGAUGUUUAAACCUUAAUAAAACUGGUGUUGACGGCA